UGUCAGGAUGGAGAUCCGGCAGCACGAGUGGCUCUCGGCCUCCCCCCACGAGGGCUUCGAGCAGAUGAGGCUGAAAAGCCGCCCCAAGGAUUCCUCGCCGAGCCUGACUCGAGUGGGCGCGAACUUCUACAGCGGCGUCAAGCAGCAGGAUUACAGCGCCAGCGUCUGGCUACGGAGGAAAGACAAACUGGAGCACUCCCAGCAGAAGUGUAUAGUGAUCUUUGCCCUGGUCUGCUGCUUUGCCAUUCUCAUUGCACUGAUAUUUUCAGCCGUGGACAUAAUGGGAGAAGAUGAGGAUGGACUCUCAGAAAAAAAUUGUCAAAAUAAAUGUCGAGUUGCCCUGGUUGAAAAUAUUCCUGAAGGCCUUAACUAUUCAGAAAAUGCACCAUUUCACUUACCACUUUUCCAAGGCUGGAUGAAUUUACUCAGCAUGGCCAAAAAGUCUGUUGACAUAGUGUCUUCCCAUUGGGAUCUCAACCACAGUCAUCCAUCAGCAUGUCAGGGUCAGCGUCUUUUUGAAAAGUUGCUUCAACUGACUUCACAAAACAUUGAAAUCAAGCUAGUGAGUGAUGUAACGGCUGAUUCAAAGGUAUUAGAAGCCUUAAAAUUAAAGGGAGCUGAGGUGACCUACAUGAACAUGACCGCCUACAACAAGGGCAGGCUGCAGUCCUCCUUCUGGAUUGUGGACAAACAGCACAUUUAUAUCGGCAGUGCCAGUUUGGACUGGCAAUCCCUGGGACAGAUGAAAGAACUUGGUGUCAUCUUCUACAACUGCAGCUGCCUGGUCCUAGAUUUACAAAGGAUUUUUGCUUUAUAUAGUUCAUUAAAAUUCAAGAGCAGAGUACCUCAGACCUGGUCCAAGAGACUUUAUGGAGUCUAUGACAAUGAAAAGAAAUUGCAACUUCAGUUGAAUGAAACCAAAUCUCAAGCAUUUGUGUCGAAUUCUCCCAAACUCUUUUGCCCUAAAAACAGAAGCUUUGACAUAGAUGCUAUCUACAGUGUAAUUGAUGAUGCCAAACAGUACGUAUACAUUGCCGUCAUGGACUACCUGCCCAUCUCCAGCACAAGCACCAAAAGGAAAUACUGGCCAGAUUUGGAUGGGAAAAUAAGAGAAGCACUUCUCUUGCGAAGUGUUAAAGUUCGACUACUUAUAAGCUUCUGGAAAAAAACUGAUCCCCUUACAUUUAAUUUUAUUUCAUCUCUUAAAGCUAUUUGCACUGAAAUCGCAAAUUGCAGUUUGAAAGUUAAAUUUUUUGAUCUAGAAAGAGAAAAUGCCUGUGCCACAAAAGUACAAAAGGAUCACACCUUUCCUAAAUUAAAUCGCAACAAGUACAUGGUGACAGAUGGUGCCGCUUAUAUUGGAAAUUUUGACUGGGUAGGAAAUGAUUUCACCCAGAAUGCUGGCACUGGCCUUGUUAUCAACCAAGUAGAUGUGAGAAAUGACGCAAGCAUCAUUAAGCAACUUAAAGACGUGUUUGAGAGAGACUGGUACUCACCCUAUGCCAGAACAUUACAGCCAACCAAACAGCCAAACUGCUCAAGCUUGUUUAAAUUCAAACCUCCCUCAGACAAAACUGAAACAUACAAUGCAAGUGGAAAAGAGCUUGCCAGAGUAUAUCAUGGGUGAAUGAGCUGAGAGGGCAGCCUCUAAUUUAUAUUUAUAUUAUAAAGAAGUUGGGAGCGAAAAACAUUUAAUAUGUCUGUUUUAGGGAAUAAAAGCACACUUAAAAAUAUUCUCUGAAUGACAUGUAAUAUCUAACAAUAUCUUAGCAGUGUGUACACUAAAUUUAAGACUUUUAUAUUUGCUAGUAACAGAGAAUGUCAUUUAAACUAGGAAGUUGAUUUUUAUGUUUGCAUACAAAUUUUAAGAUUUCCUGCCUCAUCCUUUCUAGUUUUAGAAAUUUAUUUUCUUUUUCUUAAAGAUUUUAUUAUUGAAUCACUGUGAGAUAGAUCUUUACAAAACUGUUCAUAAUUAGGUUUCAGCGAUACG